GAGAUUGAAAAUGCUUCGACCAACAUCGGCCUCAUUAGCGAAGCCGAUUGUGAAUCGCAAGCGGCCUCAGUUAUGGGGUGCCCCAGGGGCCCCGAUUAUUCGUAUGCGCGGGCAUCAUGUCGUCUGGAAGUUUCAAUCCUACGACAUCUUUGUCGAGCACACGCACACACGCCGUAAUUCCGAUUUGCGUCUAUUGCACUAUCUCGGGAAGCAUUGCCCGCACCCACAGAAGUCUUUAUGGUCGCCGGACACUCCUGUUAUGCAGGAUCGCCAUCUUUUCAUGCUCACCACCAUCGAUAUCGACGCCUUUAAAUACUGGUUUGGGGUGAAACGUUGUAGGCUGUCGGUUGGGCCGUGGAAUAUUUUGGCGAAGUCGGGGCUUCUGCCGCCAUCUCACCGGCAAAACUCCAAGAUUAUGCCGAAACCUAUCUUUGACAAGACACAAUUGAUGCGUUAUUUCUUGGCGAAUCGAAAAGAUGAACAACUGCUAGUUCGAGAGGAUUAUCUUAAUUACCAGAAUAGCAUGGUAAAAACGCCCGAGGAACGAGCUGCUGAAAGGCCAGUUGCGCCGUAUUUGUAGUCUAAGGGGAGGUUUUGGAUUACUUUUAUCCGCUAAGGUUUCUUGUCAGGAAAUAUUUUUAUUGCAACCCUAGAACUAUCAUGCAGUGUAAACGGCACGCGUAA